GUUGUUCUUCUGGGGUGAUCCUCUUUUUUAUUUAAGGUUAUUAUGUCGUCCCCAUCACACCUAUAUGUGACCUUUCACCUCUACAUCCUACUCUCUCAGGGCAAGGUCCAAGGUCACAUAAGGGUCACCAUGGUAACUGCCUCCAGUAAAGCCAGGGGAAAAGUUUAUGUUAGGUAAUUUAUUGAAGGUCUGAUGACAGCGGUAUUACCAAACUAUUUUUGUACUAUUCCCAAAAAUCUUUCAGUGACAGUAGCCAAUUAAAACCCCACAUUUGCACAGCCAGAAGGAUGUAGCCAAUCAGAUUUAACGCAGCAAUGUGCUGGGGCUGUAUGGUUUCUGCUCAAAUGUUACACAGUUAUGCUAAUCUAAUUAGUUACACCGUUCUCAACUCUCUCUCUCUCCCUCUCUGUCCUCUUAAGGUUGCGUUUGGGAGAAAUACCAUUAAAUGGAAAACGAUUGUUUCCCUUAGCCCCAAUAAGUUGCCCUUACAGUUAUCCGAAAUCACACCAUGCACGCACAUCAGUGUGAGUGAGAUUAGGGAAGAGAAAAAGAGAGAGAGAGAGAGAGAGAAAGACAGAGAGAGAGAGAGAGAGAGAGAUGACAACUGGCGGCCGAGUGAGUGAGUUGUUGCUUAUUAAGAACGAAAAAUUCGGCGUCAUUCAAAUGAUGGAUGUCCAACGACUUGCCAGCCGAAGAACGUUUCUUUAAUUGAUGGCCAUUGGUUCUCGCGUGCCUGGAGAGCUUGGUCCACAGAAGAGGAGGGGGGGAAAUAACGGGAGACUCAGACAAUUCUUCCUCAACAACCGAACGCUGGAAACCGAAGAACGGGGCAAGGAGCUGCACCGGGACUCUGUCCGCUCGUAUCCUUCUCGUAUUCAACCACCCUGGCGCGCUUCACUGAUUUCGCGUGCAUAGACAGCACAGAGAGGACAGGGGAGCCCGAGACACAUCGCGCGGCAGAGAAGAGCGCAAAUAAAGCGCGCGAGGUCCCGGGAACAAGCUGGUGCCUUAAGUAAAUGAAGACGUUUUGCUUGUCCCGAAGAAGGAAACCCGUGAGAAACUGACGGGAAUUUUUGAUUUUCACAAAAUGGACUGACCGAGCCCACCGGACCGUAGCGAGUAACGGGGUGCAGAGAACUGAAAUGUGCUGUUGGACUCCCGGUGGAAAAUUCCGUAGCGGCGUGUUGUGACAGCACGUCUGAGCGUCUGUGGCCAAUUUGUGCGUGUUUGGCUGUUGUAUUAGUCGUAGGGUUUGUCUUUUGUUGUCCGUGCAAACACGUCUUAAUCCAUCCGUGUGAAUUCUGCGCGAAGAAGCGGUUCUCGCACUUAAUUUAACUCGAGACACUGUCCCGCGAAGAGGAAACGGAGCGGUGAGCAGCAAGCUCUCCGCGGACGUUUGACGUGUGUCGAUGUAGGUGUGUGUAUGGGUGAGCCGCACACAUGAGAGGUUUUGGACAUACUAUGCGAUGUACCCUAACGAGAGGCUAUUAACUAAUUGGUUUUAAUCUUCGCAGUGAACUAAAAGUUUGUUCCGGUAGACCAUACUUAACCCUGAAUGGCCGUGUGGUUGUGUGCGUGAGCGUUUUUAUUGUGUGUGUGUGUGUGUGUGUGUGUGUGUGUGUGUGUGUGUAUGAUAUCUGAUCUGCCCAGUCACGCUGUGCCAGUGUGUGUGUGGAGUGUUUUUGGCCCCAUGCUUUAACACUGGCUGUGCCAGUUGAUGCCAACUUAUGCCUGGGACCCGGCUACAGGGACCUGGUUCAGCUCUGUGUUGCUGUUGGACCUAAGAAUAUUACUAACGAUUUACCAUUACUAACCACUCAGAGCUGGAUAAUUGUUAGUGGAAGAGCUGUGACCUAUAGCUCACCUUUGGUUGGUUGGAACUGUAGACCUAAAGGGAGAUAGACACUUGACAUCUGAAGAGUUUUUUUUGUGUUGUUAUGGUUGUCUGUUGCUACAACAACUUUUGGCCAUAGCUGUGUUUAACGUUUGUAUGCAAAAACCACGGCGGCAGCUGGAAGGUGUCACAUUGAUUUCAUUGUGAAUGUUACCUGGAUACAAUUGGCAAAAUGCAGGUGUCAAUUGCGUGCACAGAACACAACCUGAAGAGCCGCAACAGCGAGGACCGCCUCGCUGUGCGGUCACCCAAUCCAAAUGCAGGGCAACCGGCCAAGCUCCGUCUGGUCAACUUGCGACCUUACAUCGCAGGCCAUGCCCACAUGAAGGAAGCCAUCGGUCGCCAUAGCAGCAUGAAGUACAGGAACUUGGGGAAGUCAGGGUUAAGAGUGUCCUGUCUGGGAUUAGGUACCUGGGUGACCUUUGGCUCUCAGAUAUCAGACGAGAUGGCCGAGAGCCUUGUGACUAUUGCUUAUGAGAAUGGCGUGAACCUGUUUGACACCGCAGAGGUGUAUGCAUCUGGAAGAGCUGAGAUCACACUUGGAAAUAUCAUUAAGAAGAAAGGAUGGAGGCGUUCCAGUUUUGUAGUGACUACAAAAAUCUACUGGGGAGGACAAGCAGAGACUGAGAGAGGGCUGUCCAGGAAGCACAUCAUUGAAGGUUUGCGCAGCUCUCUUUCCCGACUGCAGCUGGAUUAUGUGGACAUCGUCUUUGCCAAUCGCACGGAUGUCAACACCCCAAUGGAGGAGGUGGUCAGGGCGAUGACUUUUGUGAUAAAUAAAGGAAUGGCCAUGUACUGGGGCACAUCACGCUGGAGCGCCAUGGAAAUAAUGGAGGCUUACUCCGUGGCAAGGCAGUUUAAUCUCAUCCCCCCAGUGUGUGAACAGGCAGAGUAUCACUACUUCCAGAGGGACAAGGUGGAGGUGCAGCUACCCGAACUAUACCAUAAGAUAGGUGUAGGAGCCAUGACUUGGUCUCCACUGGCUUGUGGUCUCAUCACUGGAAAGUAUUGCGAUGGAAUCCCAGACGGUUCCAGAGCAGCAGUGAAGGGUUAUCAGUGGUUGAAGGAUAAGCUACAGGGCGAGGAGGGGAGAAGGCAGAUGGCUAAAGUGAAAGAGCUCCACCUUCUGGCUGACAGGCUAGGGUGCACCCCUGCACAACUGGCUAUAGCCUGGUGCUUAAGAAGCGAAGGAGUGAGUUGUGUGCUUCUGGGCGUCUCAAACACAGACCAGCUGCUGGAGAACCUGGGUGCUAUACGGGUAAUAUCUCUCAUGACUCCCCAGAUGGUGUACGAGAUCGACUCACUCCUGGGGAACCGUCCACACUCUAAGAAAGAAGCACGGGCCUAAUUGAGGAACUAAGAGAGAGGGAGAGAGAGAAAGACAGAGCGGGAGAGAGACAGAUAGAGGCAGUGACUAAAUCUCCCCUAUCGUUUAUAACCAAGCUGCAUGACCUUAUUGUCGAGCUACCAACACUGUAGUGUAUGCAUAUUUAACUACCUGUAUUCAACCAAAGCGAUGCAAUAAUCCAUUUAUUUCUAAUAUAAAUAUAUAUUUAUAUACUCAAUCAUAAUGAUACAAUAUCCAUAUAUAUAUAUAUAUAUAUAUAUAUGUAUAUGUAUAUAUAUAUAUAUAUUUAUAUUGAAUAUGAAUGUGUGCUGCUAUUAAGUAAAUAUCUGUAACCUAGGAAACAUGUGAUAAUAAUCCAUUCAAUUAGGAGACUCAUUGAAGCAGUCUUUACUCCAACCAAUAGAAAUGUCUAGAAUAUCUAUAUUUCUGUGCUCUGACCAUCCUGCCAAGCCACAAUGCUUCCUAAAAAUAGUUUCCCCCCAAAAUAUGCAUGUCCCUUUAAGGAAACCAUGACAACUAGUGAUGACUCAUGAGAGAUGGACCAAAGAAAAAAAGAAGAAUUUCUCAGGAGGAACCAUAUGAGGAUAAGAAGCUCACAGCACCUCCAGGGUAUGGCUCUGAGAGGCCGGACUGCGGUUACCUCUGCCCUGUCAGGAUGCUCAGUGUGUGGGGAGGCAGGACUGAUGGAGAGCACCUUCUGUCUUCAUACCAGCCUGGAUGUUUGGUGGGCAGUGCUCACUAUAACCACAUAAACCUUUCAUCCUGAAGAUGCUGCAUGGAGACACUGUAUUGGAGUGAGAUGACACUGGCCUGAUACUGUACAAAAUCUGGGAUCAUGUUGCACAGCAUCAAACAUUACCACUGAACCACAAAUAACAUUUCAUUGCACUGAGCUGCACGGGAUGACAAGCCUUGGGGAACUAUGUGACUUUAAUGGGCCUGAAGACUGUGCAGAUUUGUGUCAUGACAUAAUCAUUCUGACAGAGGGCGCUGCACUAGCUUCUUGGAGACCUAUAGGGGAUCUAAUCUAGUGCAGUGUGACUUCUAAGGAAAGGUCACACUCACAGCAGAUGUUUCUCUGCAAUUGUUACAACCCUCAUGGCAAGUGUAGAAUGACCUCUUACUCAAGGGGUGGAAGAUUAUGUUAGUUAUAAGUGCAUGCUGGUUAUGGUCGACUGAUUGAAUGUGCGCUGAUUGGUUCUGACGAAUUGUCCCUUAGCAACUGCUUAGCAACUGCUGACGAUCAUAAUGUCCCAGAAUGCAACCAGACGAAGGAUCAGCAUGGGGAGUUUCCUGAAUUGACUCGGUCCAUCACAUGUUGGCACAAGCUCACGAUCAGUAGCUUUCAGUAUAUAAUACAUGCACUAAAACAUUCUGUUGAAUAGCCUGUGUACCCUCAGUGACCUGUAGUGGAUGGUUUAACCAAGUAGCUCAUUGUACAGGAACUUAUCUGUGAUCUGUUUGGAUUGGGCCGUAGGUUAGUUUUGGAACAGUACUGCUAUCCAGACAAAUAGGAAAACGCUGAUCUGUAACACCAGUUAACUUUUUCUGUAUAUAUAAGCUACAAUACUACAGAUAAAUAUUGACAGCCAUAUAUAGUCCAUGCUUACAGAAUAUAUUUAGAGUUAGAUACCCAGAGCUGUUUUUACACUCUCUCCAUAGCGUUGUUUGUUUAAAUCCUAGAGCUCUGUCCUACAGAAGCAAUUAUUUGCAAUCAGAUAUCAUCCACCCCUAUUCUACUUAGUCCCCAUAUACCAAACUUUAACAAAGAAGGACAUGGAACAGGAAGCGCAUACACACACACACCCAGACACACACACAUACACACAGACAUCACUCACAGAUUCGUUUUUUGUAUUUGGUUGUAGGGCAAUGUGAUGUGGUGAGACAAUCAGAUGCUUGCACAAAAGCUGUUACAGAAGAUAUUGAAGUGGUCAGGAAUGUGUAUGGAUUGUGCAGAUGGACAAAAUACACACACACACACACUGACACACACACAGUAUAUACACACACAUACAGAUUAAUGGAAUAGAAUCAAUGAAAAUAAUAUUAAUAGAAUUGGGAUUUUUAGAAAAUGAUAUGUGACAAGAUUAAAAUAGUAUGUAAUUUGUGUGGUGGUACUCUUGUAGAGCCAGCUUGUGUUUGUUUGACAAGUAUCUCUCUGUGUGUAUGGAUGUGUAUGAAUGAGAUGUUGAUUAAGCCUCUGUGUUUAUAUAUAUGUAUAUAUAAAUAUAUAUAUAUAUAUAUAUAUAUAUGUGUGUGUGUAUGUGUGUGUGUGUGUGUGUAUGUGAGGAGUUAAAGGGAGGAGGAGAUAGCUAGCCUAGCUUUGUUAAUGAUGGGUUGUUCUGCAUGAAUGCACAGAUUAACAAUAAAGUCUUCCUGGCUCUUCUGA